AUGGCAUGGGCAUCCAGUGGUGUGACUGGUGUCGGCCAAUCCCCUCCAGCUCUCGCAAGGUUCACUUGUCCGCUACCACUGAACUUCAUUGUCCCUCGUGGUAUUGGCGUAAGGAACAUCUCGUUUGUAAAUCUCAUUGUUGAGAAACAACUUGCCAAAUCCUCUUCCGGUGCACAAUCAAGCACAAUCAAGCAUCAAUUUGCCAAUGCUACUUCGCCUCCAUUCAUUCCCAGUUCCGAACAAGUUUCUGAAGAGGCUAGGUUCUUGAUUGAACACUUGUGGGACUUGCUGAAAGGUUGGUUCACCGAUGCCCUAGUGAAGACACACAAGCUCAUUGACUCGCUCAGGAACAAAGGUACACAAUCAUUCAUCGAGUAUCCAAUCGGAUUACCUGAUCCCGGGCUUAAUUUGAACAAGGUCAUUGAACUCCGUCGUCGGGCCGCUCUUGUGUUCUAUCCCCUGACCAUCCUGAUCGAUCCUCGUCCCUGAACGACCUCAGCAUUAGCCUUCAAGACAGAUUCAAGUAGCUGGGUAUUUUGGCUGACCUAGAUGAGGUCAUUCAAUUCCAUCGAGCUGCAU